GCCUGGUGCGCGCGCGCAGUGCCGGCAGCAGUCAUGGCGGCUCGGUGCGUGCGGCUGGCGCGGCGCAGCCUCCCGGCUUUCGUGUUGUCUCUCAGGUCUUCUCCUCGGCUGCUGUGCACAGCUGCAAAGCAGAAAAACAAUGGCCAGAACCUGGAAGAGGACGCAGGUCAGAAUGAACAGAAGACAGAUCUUCCCUCCACGGAGAAGACGCUCAUAGAAGAGAAGGUCAAGCUGGAAGAGCAGCUGAAGGAGACCAUGGAAAAAUAUAAGCGAGCUCUAGCAGAUACUGAGAACUUGCGGCAGAGGAGCCAAAAAUUGGUGGAGGAGGCAAAACUAUAUGGCAUCCAGGGCUUCUGCAAGGACUUGCUGGAGGUGGCGGACAUCUUGGAGAAGGCCACACAGUGCGUCCCGAAGGAGGAGAUUCGAGACGACAACCCCCACCUGAAGAACCUCUACGAGGGGCUCGUGAUGACCGAAGUCCAGAUCCAGAAGGUGUUCACCAAGCACGGCCUGCUCCGGCUGAACCCCCUGGGCGCCAGGUUCGACCCGUACGAGCACGAGGCGCUGUUCCACACGCCGGUCGAGGGGAAGGAGCCGGGCACGGUGGCGCUGGUUAACAAAGUGGGCUACAAGCUGCACGGGCGCACCCUGAGACCUGCCCUGGUGGGGGUGGUGAAGGAGGCCUAGCGGCCCGCGGGUCCCAGCGCUCUGUCUCACCCGCUGACUCUUCCAGGGCGGGUUUGUCUUUUCUCACCUAUGAAUACUCUUGACCUUUUCCUAAACCUUGCUGCAAGGCUUUGGUAACCGGCGGCUCCACAGAAAAGGCAGGCACUUGCCCAGCUGCGUUAACAAACUGGAAUAUGGGAGUCUGUCUGUCUGUUGAUUUUUAACACACGUUCCACGUGCUUACGGAACAGGCUGAAGGGACACUACUGGACUCUGGGGUAUCACAAAAAACACUGUGUCUGCUCAGACUCUGGCGACGUCAGAGUGUUCCAAGUAAAUAAAAGGCCUUCAGGAACCGCGUCUGCUGGCUGGCCGAGCCAGCUGCUGUGCGUCCCACGCGUCUCACUGGCCUGUGCGCUCCCGGCAUGCUUGGUUUGACUCAGGCAGUGGAAGGGAUUGCCGGGGGAGGUGUGUGCGGCCCUUGGUGACAAACGUGAUUUGAGUUCCUUUAUCAUCAGUAACUACUUGCCUGCCGAAACAGUCACACCUCUGUAUUUUGCCCCAUUUCGGAAGGUGACGGAAUCAGUUACCAUUGUCCUGUUUCGUUUGCCUCUGGAAAUGUUUAAAUCUAUACCCAGCUAGUGACCAGUGACCUAAAGGUGUUUCCCCUAGUAAGAUGGACUUUCCUAGAGAAACCUGAAGACUGUGUGCUUGGUAUAUUUUAAAUGUUACAUUUUAUUUAAGAGGAUUAAAGCCCUGAUGUUAUUUUCCUACGUUC